AUGGGUUCCUACGCAAACCCCAUGUACACGCCGGAUCAGUUUAUGAAUCCGGGGCCGGCUCCCCGGCCCCCGACCGAUCGUCCCAAAUUGACACUUCCCACCAACAACGUCAAUGCGGCUGCUACCAGUUUCAACCAGAUGAGUUUGAACUCGCCCAGCACGCCGGGCACCGGCAAUCUCUCGCUAUUCCCCAACACCAGUCAACCGUCUCUUGCCCGGAGCCAGACCGGCGGCCAGGGUGGAGUGGCUAUCGUGAAAGAAGGAUUCGUGCGGUGCAAGGAAGACAAGUUUCUCGCGACAUGGAACCAGCGCUAUCUCAUCCUCCGCGAGUCUCGAAUCGAGUUUAUGAAGAAUGAAUCCGGCAAGAUCGCUCUGACCUUCCCACUGACCACGGUGGUGUCAGUCUCCCGUUCGGAGGAAUCGAAGAUGGCCUUUGAGAUUAUUCGUCUGGCCAACCCCAAGGAUGCGAACAGCAAGGCAACGCUGCUGAACCGAGACGUGGCCACCAAAACAAUCACCUGUGAGGUGCGAUCGGACGAUGAGAUCUACGAAUGGAUCGACAAAAUCUACGAACGUUGCCCCGGCAUGGGCGGCGUCAGCAACCCUACCAAUUUCAGUCACCGCGUUCACGUCGGCUUCGACCCGCAAACCGGCGCCUUCGUAGGCUUGCCUCCCGAGUGGGAGAAGCUUCUGACGGCCUCCGCCAUUACCAAGGAGGACUACAAGAAGAACCCCCAGGCCGUGAUCGAGGUUCUCGAAUUCUACUCCGAUAUCAAGAUGCGCGAACAGAAUCCGCAGUACUAUGGCGGUAUGAGUGGUCCGUCCGGCGGGCAGCCCAAGCCCCUUGGCAGCAACACUGUAGGAAAUUCCAUUGCGCCUCCUCGUCCUCCGCCUCCGGGCCCUAUGCAACGUCUGGACAGCGGCCAAUCCAAGUCUUCGGGUGAUGGCUCCAUACGCUCGGUGUCCUCGCCUGGACAGUCGCAGGGCGGCCAGACGGACCGUGCGAUGGAACAACAGCAGCAAUUGGAACGCAUGAAGGAGAUGGCCGAUCAGGAGCGUCGUCGCGUGGAGGAGGAACAACGUCGCAAAGAAGACGAAGCUUACAACGCAUCUCUACCCAAGUCUCGACCGCCUCUGGCCAAACAAGAGCUUGGUGGCUAUGGCGGAGAGGCCUCUCCUAUGAACAACCGCUAUCAACCCUCUCGUCCCGCUCCGCAGGCUCCUGGAUCUGCUGGUGCUCGGGCUCCGGGACAGGAUCCUCGUCAGCUUACCGCACAGCGUCCGGCUCCGGCUCCUCCUUCCCAGAGCCCCUAUGGCCAGAACCAGGGCCAGGGACACCCUCGCACCCCGGGUGGUUCCCGCAGUGAGGACCAGCAAGGUUCUCCGGGCCGUUACGCUCCCAAUGAUCCUCGUGCUCAGGCGGCCAACCGUCCUCAGAACAAUGGCAACAAGGCCCAGCAGGCCCAGGGCCCUCCCCCUACUCGUCUCCCCGCUCCGGUUCAGGCCGUGAAGCCCCUCAACAUUGCGAAUAAGCAGACCGGUAACAAGCAGGCUGUCCCGGAUGGCGUCCGCCAGGCGGAAGCUGCGCUCACCAAGAAGCCCGAGCCCCGUCAGAAGGAGGUGCGCAUGUCGGCUAUGAACGAGAACGAGGUGAUGGAUCGACUGCGGUCUGUCGUGUCUAAGGAUAACCCGAACGACUCGUACAGCAAGCAGCGCAAGAUUGGUCAGGGUGCAUCCGGUUCCGUGUAUGUUGCACGAGUUAAGGAGCAGGCCACAUCGCCUGUAGCUCGCGAGCUGUACCGCCAGUAUGGCCCGCGGUGCCAGGUGGCUAUCAAGCAGAUGGAUCUGCGUAGCCAGCCCCGAAAGGAGCUUAUUGUCAACGAAAUUAUUGUUAUGAAAGACAGCCAACACGCCAACAUUGUCAAUUUCUUGGAUUCGUUCUUGCAAGAGUCCAGCAAUGAACUUUGGGUGGUGAUGGAAUUUAUGGAGGGUGGUGCUUUGACGGAUGUGAUUGACAACAACCAAGUGAUUGCGGAAAACCAGAUUGCUACCAUUUGCGCCGAGACGUGCAAGGGGCUGGCCCACCUGCACAGCCAGAACAUUAUCCACCGUGAUAUCAAGAGUGACAACGUGCUGCUCGACCGUGUCGGCCACGUGAAGAUCACUGAUUUCGGCUUCUGCGCCAAGCUCACCGAGUCCAAGAGCAAGCGCGCUACCAUGGUGGGAACCCCGUACUGGAUGGCACCAGAGGUUGUGAAGCAGAAGGAAUACGGGCCAAAGGUUGACUGCUGGUCUCUCGGUAUUAUGGCUAUUGAGAUGAUCGAGUCCGAACCCCCGUACCUGAACGAAGAACCCCUGAAAGCACUAUACCUGAUCGCCACCAACGGCACCCCCCGCCUGAAGAAACCCGAGAAACUGAGCAAGGAGCUGAAGGCAUUCCUAAGCGUGUGUCUCUGCGUGGACGUCCGCAGCCGCGCCACCGCCGACGAACUCCUCGCCCACGAAUUCCUACAAACCGGCUGCAGCUUGGCGAGCCUAGCAGAACUUCUUCGCUGGAAGAAGACCAGCAACGGGCAGUAA